CCAACUACAGGAACACAAGAGAGAGGUGAAAGACAAAUUUUGUACCUUGAUCGACCGAUAGAGGGCAGCAGAGUUCUGUUAAAGGUUGUUCCAGUACUCCUUCGUCACAGUGGCCAGAUCUUGGAUACUUACGCAGUGCUGGACGAUGGAUCAGAAAGAACUAUGCUCUUACCAGCUGCUGCACAAGAACUGGGGCUCAAAGGCACUCCGGAAACCCUGCCUUUGCGCACAAUCAGGCAAGAUGUUCAAACUCUUCAGGGCACCUGUGUUUCUUUUGCCAUUUCCCCCAAAGCUAAGCCGAGGACCCAGUACCACAUAAAUAAUGCCUUCACCACGGCCCGCAUCGAUCUGGCUGAUCGCACCUAUCCCAUUGACUCACUCAAAGGGAAAUAUAAGCAUCUCAACAGACUACCUAUCCGUGCCUUUAAGAAGGUAAAACCUCUGCUGCUCAUAGGAAGUGAUCAUCCACACCUCCUUGUUCCCACUGAGCCUGUACAUUUGGGACCCCCAGGAGGCCCAGCAGCUGUUUGUACCAAGUUAGGUUGGACAUUACAAGGCCCCUCCAGCAUCAUCUGCCAGCUGGAUAGACCACAGCAGUGCUUGUUUACCUCUGUCCCUCCUCAGGUGAGUGAGUUAAUGAAACAUGUUGAGAAGCUCUGGCAAACUGACACCAUUCCUCUUGUCAGUGACAAAGAUGUAACCCGCUCCAAACAAGAUCACAGAGCUCUUGACCUGCUUACAAGUAGAACCACCCGGGUAGAUGUURAUGGCAUUUUACAUUAUGCUACCCCYCUGCUACGUCACAAAGACAUGCCACCUCUACAAGCCACACCUGAUGCUGUCCUGCCCAGCCUGAGAAGCGUUGAAAGAAGGCUCCAUAAAGACCCUGUGAGAGCAGGAAUACAUCAGGCUGAGAUGGAGAAGUUGAUCWAGGCAGGAUACGUACGAAGGAUUCAUCCCUCCGAGUUAACCAAAGGAGAGGAAGCCUGGUAUAUUCCUCACCACCUCRWCAGUCAUAAUGGUAAGCACAGAUUGGUGUUUAACUGUUCCUUUCAGCACCGGGGUCAGAACCUGAAUGAACAUCUCCUACCCGGACCAACUUUGGGAGCAUCCCUGCUGGGAGUCCUCCUCAGGUUUCGGGAACAUGCUGUGGCAGUGAGUGGAGACAUAAAGGCUAUGUUCCAUCAAGUCCAUCUCCUCCCUGAGGAUCGACCACUCCUGCGCUUUGUGUGGCGUGACUUGCACUCUGAUGAGUCAGCUGCAGUGUAUGAGUGGCAGGUACUUCCCUUUGGUACCACCUGCAGCCCUUGCUGUGCUGUAUUUGCCCUACAGUGCCACGUAAAAGACCACAGCCACCCUGGUGAGGAAGUGAGAACAUCAAUAGAAAGAUGCUUUUACGCUGAUAACUGUCUCCACAGUCUGCCAUCUAAGGAGGAGGCCAAAGAUCUCGUCAAUAAACUGAGAGCUCUUCUKUCAUCAGCUGGAUUUGUACUUCGACAGUGGGCCAGUAACGACUCAUCKGUCAUCAGCCACCUACCAGAAGAGGACCGAUCCAACAGUGCAGAACUCUGGCUUGCACAAAGUAAGGUGGAUUGUCCUGAAUCAACACUGGGACUCAGUUGGCAUUUUUCCACAGACAUGCUAGGCUACAAACAUCGUCCUGUUCACUAUAGUGCUCCUACAAUGCGUAGCAUUUACAAAGUACUCGCCAGCCAGUUCGACCCACUAGGUCUCAUCUUACCUUACACAACGAGAGCCAAAAUGCUGGUGAGACGUUUAUGGGACAAAAUAGAGGUUGGGCCAAAUAGAUGGAGUCAAGGACCUUCUUUUCUUCAUCUGCAUCCUGAUCAAUGGCCAACAGAUCCCACAAGAAAUCUGGACCCCUCUCCAGAUCCUUCUGAGCUUCGCCGAUCAACUUUCUGUGGUGUGUCCUCAAUGUCUGAAGCCGACAUUAGUCAAUACAACACCUGGAAGGAGCUGCUCAACGUCACUGUGCAGGAGCUGCACGGGGCGGCUGAUAAAGACACCCCUAAAACUUCUGAGGACUACCAUCAAGCAGAAGUUUUUAUCAUUAGGAGGGCCCAACAAACCAGUUUCCCAGACGACUUUAACCUUCUGAAAGCUCAAAACCCAGUCCGACGGAGCAGUCGCCUCCUAACUUUAUCUCCAGAGCUGGAUGAAAAGGAGGAACUGAUUCGAGUUGGUGGUCGUCUGCGCCGAUCCGAAGAUUUAACUUAUGGCAGCCUGCAUCCACUGAUACUUGAUCCUUCUCACCCAGUCACUCGUCUGAUUAUUCAAGAUUAUGACAUCCGACUGCGUCACCCAGGACCGGAACGUGUGUUUGCAGAGUUGAGGUGCAAGUACUGGAUCCUGAGAGGCAGAGAGGCAGAGAGGCUGUUCGUCAUUUUCAGAGAACCUGUACUGAAUGUCGUAGAUGGAGAGCGAAACCAGUCGUACCCAGAAUGGCUGAUUUACCAAGAGCUCGGCUUCGCCUAUUCAAGCCAGCCUUUUAUUCUACUGGAACUGACUGUUUUGGACCCAUGGAGGUCAAAGUAGGUCGGCGUUUGGAGAAGAGGUGGGGAAUCAUUUUUAAAUGCCUGACGGUGAGAGCUGUGCAUCUGGAUGUCCUGACUUCCAUUGAUACAGACUCCUUUCUGAUGGCACUUCGGCGGUUCAUCGCCCGAAGAGGAACCCCAGCAGAGAUUUAUUCAGACCAGGGGACAAACUUUAGAGGAGGUAAUGCAGAGCUGAAGGACGCGUUUACAGCCAUGUCAUCAGACCUACAACAGCUCUUGGCCCCACAGAAAAUCAAAUUUCAUUUCAACCCUUCAGCAGCUCCCCACUUUAGAGGUUCAUGGGAGCGAGAAAUACGCUCUGUGAAAAAUGCUUUGUACACUACAGUUGGGGCACAGCCAGUGCCAGAAGAGGUCCUCCACACAGUGCUUGUGGAGGUGGAAGGGAUUCUCAACUCAAAACCGCUUGGCUAUGUUUCCUCGGAUGUAAGUGAUCCAGAUCCUGUGACCCYCAACUGCCUUCUCAUGGGGCGGCCUGAUGGAUCUCUGCAACAGGUAGUUUACGCCAAGGAUGAGCUUCUUAGCCGCCGCCUCCGGUGGAAGCAUGCACAAGUACUUGCUGACCAUUUUUGGGCACGCUUCAUUCGCUUGUACUUACCUGGACUGCAGCCUCGUCAAAAGUGGCAAUCCAACGCAGAUGACAUCACUGAAGGGACUGUUGUUAUGAUGGUGGAUCCCCAGCUCCCGCGGGCUCUUUGGCCCGUUGGGCGCAUUGUCAGAGUUCACCCCAGCCCUGAUGGACAUAUUAGAUCAGCAGAUGUGAAGGUCAAGGUCAAGGACAGAGUAUACACAYGGCCUGUGGCAYGACUGGUCGUGCUCCCAGCCCUUCCUGAAGAAUAACAGUUAUUUCCCAUCACAGGAAUAACUGUUGUAUUGGACUAAGGACUUUGUUUGGAGCAAAUGUACUGAAUACAUUUGGGGGCGGCUGUACAAAAGGCCCUGUAUAUUGCCUUAAGCUUGYCCAAGUUCAUUUGUUAUUAAUGUAAGUUUGUAGUUAUUCUGUUAAGUAUCCUUUAUCCUUUCUGGGUUGCCGUAGCAUAGUAGUCGCACUAUGAUGACAUCAUCACUGCUGCUCAUGCCUGUAGUAAGGUGUGGCUUCCACAUGGGAGAGUUAGUUGCCUGAAGGAGAUCUGAGAGAAUAAGAACAUGCUGUCAGCUAAAGUGCAUUUCCUGAGUGUGCAUUAUUGACAAGAAACCACACACAAAUAAAUACACACAUAAAUACAUACACAUACACACACACAUGCACACACAUACAUUUACCUAAGUUUUACCUUCAUGGAGAGAUGCCUGUACCCCUGUUCACUGCAAAUGUUCUAAAUACAGAAGUUAAAUGGAAA